UAUGAAGUAAUUUGAUUGGCUACUGCUUUUGGCAUGGUAUUGAACCUGAUUCUGAUUGGUUUGUUCCAAUGAUAAAUACUAAGAGGACUUUAGAUAUGGAUUCGUGUUGUGUAAUCUGAGCAUGUGCCCACUUGUAUACAAUAAAUUCUAACCUAAAAUUUACUUACGUCAAUAUCAAUCUUCGAUUAAGAAGUAUAUAAAUAAAUUCAUUAAAUACUAUGGCUAUGCAAGUUCCUGCUGAAGUUAAUGCAGAAGAAAUCAAGUCUGUAUGUAUUUAUUCAAUUUUAAAGACUUCAUAAUGUCGUACAAUAAACUAUCAGAGAUUUGUUUUAUCGACUGCAUAACUGAUUUUACUACACGAGAUGUAAAAGCGAAGGAGGAAAAAUGUGCGCUUAAUUGUAUGGAAAAGUAUUUAAAAAUGAAUCAAAGAGUCUCGCAACGAUUCCAAGAGUUUCAAAUAAUUGCCAAUGAAAAUGUAUUAGCAGCUGAAAAGAAACUGGGACGAAAUUAAUGUUGGAGAAAAAUACACGCAUUCGUCCCGAUGUUAAAAAAAAAUCUAUUGUGCUUGGACUAUUCAAAUAUGAUUUUUAAUGUAAGAUACAUUUUUUAAAUUAAGUUUUAACAUGUCAUUGAUUGCGUAUAACACAUUAUAACAAAUGCUGUAAUAUUCAAAGAAAUCAUUCCAAUGAUUGUUUCCUUAAUUGUUGUAAAAAAAAGAUGCCCUUUUUAAUCGUUGUUUUUUUACAUUUAUAUAAUGUAUAGUAUUAACAGGUGAUUCACACGUUCUAAUCUUCGAGUUAAGGAUUUUUGUUACUAGACUAAUAAAAAAAGUACAAAUUGUUAUUUACAUUCAGAAUCAUGAAACUCAUUCUAUACGCAGCAAAUUAACUUAUUCAUUAUUUCAUAUUUUGUACAAAUUUAUACAUGUAUAUAAAUUCAUAUAGACAUUUUAAAGCUGAACUACAAUAGAAUGAUAAAUCCUAUAUAAAAUGUCAAUUUUUGGACGAGUUUCGUCCGCAAAAGUCUAUAAUACGUUCCGUACGAAAUUUAAUGUUGUUAUAAUACAUCAAUUCUAGAAUAUCUACUAAUCUCAUUUAUAGAAAGCAGGUUAAUCGUCCAUAUAAAUAUUGAGAAACAAACUAAUAAAAAGGAACACAUAAUUUAA